AUGAGUAGAUGGUCGACUGGAUCAACACCGGGGAGGUUUUGAAUAUAUCGAAAUCUUCGAGAUAGAAGCGGAUGUUGCAGUAUUUUUGUCGCAAUAUUCUUUUUUUUUCGUUUUCAAUUUUUGUUAUGAUUACUGCAAAAUACGUUUCUAUUCAUUUUCUAAGAGUGUUUAACGACUUUUUUGAGUUUUUGAAGGCACAAGGUUUGAAAAAAAAAUUUUUUUUAAAUGAUCCUUAGAGAACAUUAGAAACUUGUUUCUGGAAGUCUUGAUAAGAUAUUAAAAGGGUUGUAAAAGUUUUUACGGAAUGAAAACCGAUUUUUCCUUUUUUGACAAUGAGUAAAAGAUUUUUUUCUAAUGAGAAUCGGUUACACCAGACCCUGCGCCUUCAAAAUUUUGAGAAGCUUUUGUAAAUGGACUGUAUUUUUUGACGCGGCGAUUGGAAUUACAGCGUAAAACCAGUUUACGGGGCGAGGUACCCACCUUUGCACACGACAAUCAGUGGAAGUCCCACCAAAGAGGCAAAUCGACAUGACAAAUUCCACGACUACGAGGAAAGGUGCAAGGAUUUUCCGCUUCUGGACUGAUGGAAUUGAUUGGAAACUUGUUUAUUGGUAGUUCGAAGAAUCAAGAAAAGGACAUUUCUUCCGAAAUUUUGUAGUUUUUGAGAACUCAAAUUUCUGGUCUUCUAUGGUUAUAUUUUUUGUUGGAAGGUUUUAGCAUGAAUUUUCUGAAAUUUAAUAAGAAAAAUAGGGAGCUCUCUAAAAAAUAAGAAAGAAAAAUUUUUUUGAAGCUCCGUUUUUUUCUUGUUUCAAUUAGAUUUUUUUUUUUUGAGUUUUUGAACUUCUAUUUCAUUUUUUCUAUCGAAAUUAGAGCUUUUCAUUCACAAAUGCCAGAAUUUUUUUGUUGAUGAUUUAUUUUUAAAUUUCAAUAUUUUGAACUUUCCUUCCAUCCCAGUAGCUUCUCUUAUAUUCUCUUCAAUCUCCAAUUUCACCUUUUUGUUUUUUUAUUUUGGAAUUUUUUUCCUGACCUUGUUCAUGAAAUCGAUUGAAAAAAAUAUCAAAACUGAUUUAUUUUCUAAAGAAGAUAUUUUUGCGAGAUGGGAUAUGUACAAAAAAAGUUGCAAAAAUGGAUGCGAUUAUUGGUUAUUAAAGUGGUGUUUGGUGCGUGUUUUUUUUCCAGGUCUUUGUUGAUUUUUUAAAUUUUCAAAAGAGGGUCAUUGUGAUUGGAAAGGCAGUGGAUGGUGUAGUAUUGAAAUUGGAAUAAUCCGUGUUUUUUUCUAAAAAAAUAUGAGGGUUUGAUGGUUCUUUGGAAGGAAUUUUGAGGGGUGGAAAAAUAUUUUACAAACUUUUUGGCUAUGGAAAAUUUUCCAACUUUUCUAAUUUUGAAAUUAAGAAAAAAAUUGUCCAACUUUCCCAUUUUCAUAAUAGAAAAAAGCUCGAUUUUAAUCGAAAUUUGUAAAAAUUGAUAUUUUUCCAGUGUUUCGGAUGCCUGGGACACGAGAGUUCGGGUCGACGAAUCUUUGGCUUCGGCUUCCGCAGCGAAAAUUCUCGCCGCCCAUGCGGCUGGGAAAAGUCGGGAUGAGGUAUAAAUCGAAUAAUGGAGAGCUUCAUUUGAGAAAAAGGCAUUUUUACAGGGCCUUUUUAAUUUUUUUCAAAUAAUUUUAUCUUCGAAAUUGACUUCAGCGAUUUCUAAACAAGAUAUAAUGGCUGAAAAAUUUUGAGUUUUUUUGUGCCAGCCAUUUUUUUCGAAAAAGCUGUUUCGAAAAAAAUUGAUUAUUUAUAGUUUUAUUUCAUAAUUUUUUUAAUUAUGUUUCCCCACACUAUUGGUAAAAAUCCUUAGGAGGCUCCUCAAGGAGAGGACCCUAAAAUGACCACUAAAAUCGCUAUUUUGCGUCAUAGUGGCCACUAUAGUAGUUUUAGUGAUUUAGUAGUACCAAUUUGGCUUUCAAAGAGACUAAAAUAUUUAGCCACUUAAGUGGGCACUAAUUCGACUACUACAGUGGCCUCUGAAGCUUCAAAACCCUCAAGUGGCCAUUAGAAGUUUUCCCAGCUACCCUUGUAACGCAAACCGGACAAUUCUGAGCAACUCUAGGGAUCACUUAAGAGUUCUGACGCUGUUCAAAAGAUCUUUAGAAUUUUUCAGGAGCGCCCGGUUUGCGUUACCGAGUAAAUAAAAGCUUCAAAAUGAAAAAAAGUAAUUUUUUGAAAUGUGAAUGAAUUUCCUGAUAAUUUUUAGGCUACAAAAUUAUCUUGUAAGUAGAUUUUUUUCCAUAUAUUUCAAAUAUUUGCAGGAAAUAAUGCCUCCAGUCAACACGGCGCCGACCAAAAACAGUAGAGUUCAGGCUCUUCAACGACUGGCCAUUCAAAAAGGUGCCUUUUGAAGGAGUUUCUGGGAUUUAACCGGGCUCGGGCCUUAGCAGGGCCUCAAGAAUAAAUGACGGUUCAAAAAGCGCAAAUUUCGCUUCAGAUCAGAUAUCAAACUUUUUUUUUCGAUAAAAAUCACGUUUUUGGUCCUCUUUUUACAGAAAACUCAGUAGAAACUAAGUUUCCAAAAAAAAAAAAUGCUUUUUUUUAAAAAGGUCUAAAGCCCGGGCUGGCCCCAGACCUCCCAGUCUGACUUAAUGGCGGUUCUCCAAUAUUUUAUGUGAUUUCAGAACCUCUGCCAUCGACCACCGCCAGCCUGGCCCAAACGGCCAACCCGAUUUACCCGAAAUUGCCCGAAAUUUCGGACCAAUCGAGGCCGGCCCCCGUCGCCAGUGCUCCUCCUCAUGGUGGGAAUAAUCUUUUAUUUUUUUAAAAAUUUCUAGGAUCCUCCAAAAAUUCAGUCAUCUUUUUUUCACUUUUUUUAACGGUUAUUUUUGAACUGUGAAAAAAAUCGAUUUGAUAGAAAAAAAUAAUGAUUUUUUUGAUAGAAGAUAUCCAUCUAAAACACAUCUGAUUGAAAAAUUUGCUUUCGAAUAUCUACAAAUUUUCACAAAAAAAUGAUCGUUUUCUAUUAGUUUACGGCUAAUAAUGUGUAAGAAUAUUUCUCCUGACGAAUAAAAAUUUUUGUCUUCUUGGCGUUUUUUUCUCCGUAAAGUUUUGUGUGCCGUGUGCAUGCACCGCGACGCUUUUGCGCAGAAAAUUUCGUUUAUGUGAAAAAUUUCGAUUCGUCUUAAGACUUCUGGCAAUACGGUAGCCUGCGCCUUUAAUAUGCCCUGUUAUUGCUCUGCCGUCCUCAUGACGUCACGUGGGAACGGUGGAUAUUUUGGCUCCGCCCACCGUGUUUUUGGUUUCCGCUAACAAAAACGCCGUGUCUUAAGAACCUAGAACAUUUUUCAUCUGAUACAAAUAAAUUAUAAUGUUUCCAGGCGGAGACCGCGACCAAACACGCUUCGCCCGACUCCGACGGCUCUUUUCGACGGGAAAGAACUCCGGAAGAUCCUCGCCUCCGAUGGACAUCGACCUCGACAAACUGAGGGAAGACUGCUGGAUGGGAAUUCCUCACAAGCUGAGGCCGCAGGCUUGGAGGCUUCUGUCGGUUCGUUUCCUGUGAAAUUGGCGAAUUUCAUUGUGGUUCAUUCGAAAAGGCUUCCAAAACUAUAGAACUUUCUGAUUUUUAGUUUUGUAAAAUUUUGGUUUGAAUCGAAGCUUCAUUAAAAAAAGCUAACGAUAGUUGACUUCCUGGUUUUUAUUUUCGUCUUGAGAUACGACAGAAUUUUUACUUUUCAUAACCUUUUGAGAUAUCUCGUUUGAAAAAAAGGAUGAAAUCCCAAAAAUUGGUAGAAAAAUUGAACCUUUUCAUAGAAAAAAAUUUUUCAAGUUUUUUUCUAUGAAAAAAAUAGCAAUUUUCUGGGACUAGAAAAAAUAACGUUUUUCGUUUUCAAAAUGAAGAUUUCACUGGGAAAGAGCUCACUUUAGGGAAUUUUUGAAUCAGGAAUAACUAGGAACAUUUAAAAAAAAAACUUCGGAAGGUACUCCGGAAAUUGAAAAAUCGUUUUUUGGCCUUUAAUGCUCAUUUUUCACUUUCAGGAGAAGAAAAAAACAAGAAAUUUCUUCAGGGCUAUCUUCCAACGAACGCAGAAAGAAGAGAAGUCACGCUCCAAUGCAAACGAGACGAGUACUGGCACUACGUCGAACAGUACUUCCAUUCUCGAUUCGACGACCAGAACUCGGACACUUUUCGACAGGUUUCUGCUCAUUUUCCUUAUUUUUAAAAUAUAUUUUUCAUAAUUCAUCCUAUUUUUAAUCAAAAAUGUCUAUUAUUUUCCAUUUUCUAUUUGAUUUUUUCUAUCCUUUUUCAUUUUUUGAUCAAUAAUUCCCAUUAUUUUCCAACUUUAAUCGAUAUUUUCUAUGAUUUUCCACUUUUCAUUUGACAUUUUCAAUAGUUUUCUGCUUUAUAAUCUAUAUUUUCUAACAUUUUCUAUUUUUUUAAAUAUGUACUUUCCAUCAUUUUUCACUGUUAAAAUAAAAUUUUCUAUCCUUUUCCAUUUUUAAAUCAGUAUUAUCUAUAAUUUUCGAUUUUCUAAUCGAUAUUUUUCAUGAUUUUUCUCUUUUUAAUCAAUUUUUUCAUUAUUUUCGCAUUUUUGAUUAAUUUUUUUUUCAUAAUUUACCAUUUUUUUUAAUCGAUCUUUUUCUAUAAUUUUUUUCACUUUUAAUGAACUUCUUCCUUCAUUUUCCUGUUUUCAUUAACAUUUUUGAUCACUUUUCCCGUUUCAAUCAAUAAUUUCCAUCGUUUUCCAAAAUCCCAACGAAAUUUUGGAUCUUUCAUCACUUUAAAUCAAUAUUUUCCACAAUUUUACAUUAUUUAUUCAAUAUUUUCUGCCAUUUUUCCCAUUUUUAUUCGAUAUUUUCCAUCAUUUUCCAGUAUUUUAUCCAAUUUCUAUCAUCAUUUAAUCGAUAUUUUUCUUCAGAUCCACAUCGACAUCCCAAGAAUGUGUCCCCUGAUCCCCCUGUUCCAGCAGAAAAUGGUCCAGGAGGUUUUGGAAAAUGAUAUCUUUCAGAAGAAAAAAAAUGUUUUCUACCUCAGAUGUUCGAAAGGGUUCUGUACAUUUGGGCGAUCCGCCAUCCGGCUUCCGGAUACGUUCAGGGCAUAAACGACCUCGUGACGCCGUUUUUCGUCGUUUUUCUCUCGGAAUUCAUUCCCCAGGAUGUUGAGGUGCUUGGAAAAUGAAGAAAAAUGCUUCUGGGAAGGGAAAAUUUAUAGAAAAUAUUGAUUUUUUAAGGCAAAAUUUGAAAAAAUCAACGUUCAGUGACCAAUAUUUCGAAAUUUUCAUCCUAUUUCUGUAGUUGGAAAACAUGAAAAAUUGAACUGGAAAGUGAAAAAAUAUUCGAAAAAGUCGAAUUUUCAUGUUGGAACCGAGAAAAAUGAAGAAAAACUGCGUAAAAAGCAAUUUUUUCGAAUCGACUUAGGAACUCCAAAGUGGUCCCUAUAGUGGUGUCCUUAGAGGCCCUUGGAGGGUCCACUUUAGGGACCACUUUACCAACCCCUAUAGGGACUACUAAAGCUUGCAAAAGUGGCCCCUAUAGUGGACACGUUGAUCGAUAAUUGUUAUGAACUCCUAGCGAAGAAGCAUUUCCAUGGGGAAAACUGAAUAAAUAAGAGUUUUUGAAUGAAAUUUAGAGACCCCUAUAGGGUCCACUUGAGCUUUAGGGGCUAAGGGGCCAGAUUCUAAACCCCUAUAGGGACCACUUUUUUUGAUUUUAUUUUUUUAACUAAUUUUUUUAGUGCGUGAGGUCACAUUUAAUGUUUUAUUUGUUUAUUUAAAAUUUUUUUGCUCAAUUACGAUGCAUUUCUCUAGAUUUUUCUCACUAGUUGAAAGUGUCAAGUGUAGAAUCAAACUUUAGUAGCAUUUUUGUAUAAUUUUUUUCUCAGGUGGGAUCAUUUGACGUGUCCCAACUCCCCUUGGAACAGUGCCAAUUGGUCGAGGCUGACUCGUUUUGGUGCGUCUCGGCGCUUCUCGAUUCGAUUCAGGUUGGUAUCCCUCAAAAGCAAUUUUAUAUUGCUCUAGGGCUACGAAAAGAUGGGAUUUUUCUUUUCCGAGGGGUACUGUAUGUGAAAGUCUGCAACUGGUGUGUAUACGUCGCGUGUUUGCACAUUUUGAGUGCUCAAAUCUGUUUUUUUUUUGUAAACUGAUAGUUUUUCAUUGCGUUUUUUCUGUAAUUGAUAGUUUUUUUUAAUUUUAGAAGAACUCAGACUGAAAGUUGAUGUAAUUUGAUGCAAAAUUUGCAAACACGCCAAUUGCGGACUUUCACAUACAGUACCCCUCGGAAAAUGGAAUUACAUCAACUAUUAAUUCUUACUUCUUUCAAAAUAAUAAAAAAAUGGAAUAAAAAGAGGAUAUUUGACUCACAAAAUGUGCAAACACGCGACGUGUACACGCCAAAUGCGGACUUUCACAUACAGUACCCCUCGGAAAAGAAAAAAUAGCAGUAGCACUAUUUUUCUUCUGAUUUUUUUAAAAUGUCUUGUUUAGGACAAUUACACGUUUGCCCAGCCUGGCAUCCAACGAAAGGUCCUGCAAUUGAGGCAUUUGAUGAGCCGUGUUGAUCGUGAGUUUCAUGGUUGAAAAAUCGGAAAAAAUGAAAAAAAAAACAAAAAACUUCCUUUUUUUCAUGUACUUGCUGAAGGAAGCCUUGAAAAUUUCAUAAAAAUACCUUUUUAAAGAAAUUUUAAGGAUUUUUUUUGAAGUUCUCCCUAAUUUACUGACUGUAGAAAUGUAUUACUAUACAAUUUUGUGAAGAGAAAAUUUCCAAAAAUGAGAUUUUUCUCCAUUUUACACAGUUUUUUGAGCUUCAAGCUUGCGAUUUCAGUUGAAAAAUUACGAUUUUGUGCUAAUUUUUCAAUUUAUAUGUUUAAAAGGUACUGAAACAGCUUUUUGUUUGUGUAAAAUGUCACAUUUUAUCGAAAUUUGGAGCUUUUUACUCAUUUUAAAACAAAGUAAUCACUUUUGAAUUCAAAAAAAUCAUUGAGUUUAUGUUUUUUUAAGCUAAGUGAGAAUUCAUAUUCAUCAUAGGGGAUCCAAAAAGUUCGAAAAUUCGUUGCAGGACCCCUCCACAAGCACUUGGAGACGAACGGAGUCGAAUAUUUGCAAUUUGCCUUCAGAUGGAUGAAUAAUCUUCUCAUGAGAGAGAUUCCAUUGAGGGCCACCAUCCGACUUUUGGGACACUUAUUUGGUAAUUCAGCUGUUUUUAUUAUUCUCUUAGGAAAAAAAUUAGGUAUUUUAUGGUUGAAAAAAAUGAAAUUAAUAUAGUUUUUUUCUUUCAUGUUUUCAGUUUUUUUGAGACGAAAAGAGACGAGCGAAAUAGUGUGCAAAAAUGAAGAGAUUUAUAGAAAAAAACGAGUUAAUUUUUUUCAAAGGCUAUGUAUAUUUUUUUUUCUAGGAACUCUGAUAGAAACUUUGGCCGAAAAAGGAAUUUUUAAAGAAUUUUGAGAUUUUUCAAUGAUUUAUGUCAUUUCAGACCUCCUAUCAUUACCCUUUUUUAAGGCUUUGCAUUUUUUUAGGACCCUGGAAAGAAUUUUUGAACGAUUUUUUGAAGUUUUGAAGUUCUAAAGAUCCCAAAACAACUCAAAUAAUCAAAAAAAGCCGGAUUUAGAUGAUUUUUUUAUAUUUUUUUAAAAAUUUUUAUAAGAUAUCUGAUCAUUGAAGAGCCCAAGCUCAAGCUUUUUUUCGAAGCCUUCGGGGACUUUGACGAAAAUCGAAUUAGGCCUUCGAGUCGACAAUUUUCGGACGUUCGGCGGCACCAAUUAUGGCUUCGGCUUUAGGAUGAGAAAAUUUUUUUGGGGGGCGGUUGAAAGGGAAAAUAUUUAGCUUUUAGUGUUUGAAAUGAAGGAAAAGUCAUAGGAAAAGGCCUUAAUAGGAUUUCUAAUUUACCAGAACUUUUCUGAAAAAAAUUGAAUGGUUUUUCGUGACAAAGGAAUCAAGGACUACAUACCCUCCAAAAAUGAGCUCGAUCGGAGACUAUGAGAUUUUCGACUUUUGAGGAUCCAUAACUUUUUUCACAGAUCCAUGUGCCAGCUUUUGAGGCCGGAUUUGGAAUCAGCAUGAAAAACUUUAUCUAGAAAACAUGUAAUCUCAAAUUUGUAGAGAAGUCGUUCGAUUUAAGGGAGCUAUAGCUGAAAAUGCACACAUUUUCCCACUUUUUCCCGUUGUUUUCCAAGAAUGGAUUGAGCUAUGAUUUUUUCUAUCGGAAAUUUGUUCAGAGUGAACCGGACGGUUUCUCCCAGUUCCACAACUACGUCUGUGCGGCCUUUCUGCGCACCUGGUCUCGACAGCUUCAGGCUGAGAAAGAUUUUCAGGUAAAAGCCUUGAUGUCCUUCUGAAACAUACUAUAUAAGUAAAAGAGGGUUAUCUACGGCGAAAAAGUUUCAGAGAAAUUGAAUAUCUAGAGCCUUAGCCUCGUUGGAAAACGAAAAAAUAUGAAUUUUUUUAAUAAAAAGUCUCUGUAGUAAGGAUUGCGUAGGAUGAAAGAAACGUAUAGCCAAAAACUUAAAAAUCUGAUCUUGUCAUUGAAGUUCUGGAGAUUCUUCUCAUUCAAAAUAAUCUCUAUAUUUCAGAACUUCUUUUUUCCAAAUAAGAGCUCAAAGUCCGGGAUUUUUGUAGCUGAGAAUUGACGAAUUACAAAAAAUUUCUAGUUCAGCGAAUCUGGAAAUUUAGGAUUUACCCAAUAUUAGCAUGGAACUUGGCGAUUAAAUCAAUUUUCUAAAUUUCGAAAUGCUUUUGAAAAUUUUCUACACUUUUGUUUCUAACAGUUUUUUGAUUUUUUUCAAUGUUUUUUUGAUAAAUCAAUUCGAAGAUGCUCAAAAGCUCCCUACUCGGACCUUGGUAACGGGACGGUUCUAGUGACCACUUUAGAAGCGUCUGAACUCUUAAGUGAUCCCUAGAAUUGCUCAGCAACGUCCGGAGCUCGUCCGAUUUUCAUAACCAAGGUCCGAGUGGCUGAUUUUCACGUCUAGACUAGUUUGGUGGAGCGCAACUGAUCAAAACCAUUCGUUUCAGGGCAUCAUGAUCCUCCUGCAAAAUCUGCCGACGCAGUCCUGGGGCGAUCGCGAAAUCUGCGAACUGACCGCCGACGCCUUUUCUCUGCAGUCGGUCUUCGACGGAGCACGUCGUCAUCUUUCCGCCCAGUCCUCUUCUCCUUGA